UCUCUGUUUGAUAGACUAUGACAGAGGUUCCUUAAUUGAUCUGGUAUGCAGCCUGCAGGUUGCUGGCAAACCAGCUUAGCCUAUGACGACCAAUCCGCAAUGCAGAGCCUCCUGCAGAACAUCGGGGUAUAAUGUGAAUUCUAAUACCUACUGUAUGCUACCUGUGCAGUGCGGACUUCGCUUUCUUCCGCUAAUCCUGUCUGUUUUGGUUAAUAGCUCGUAUGGCAUCGCUUACUUUCUUCUGGGCGGCGGGGCCUGAACAAGACCGGACUAGUUCCUUCUUGCAGCCAUCAUCAUCUUCUGUCUUCUUGAAUCUCAGCUAGCAGCCUAGAAAAAGAUGACUAUCACCCACGAAAGCCACUCCCAGUUCGUAGUGACCUGGGACUUGGCGUUGAAAAGAUAUACAGCGGCUGUGGGCAGACAACUCGAUGAUCCCUCACUACCCCACCCCUCUUCAGUGGAAGAGUUGCUCAAUCGGCUGGAUAGCCAGAAUGGUCAUUUUAGCCAGUUUAGAGAGAACAAGCGCUCGCUUUUCAACAUUCUGACAUGCAUAUGCAAUCCAAUUGAACGCUUUGGGUCUAUGGCUGCAAGCAUUGCCUCUAACGCCUUUCCAGCCAGUGGCGUGUGCUUCAGCGCCAUUACAUAUCUUAUUGAUGCUGCGAAAGAUGUGUCCGCAUCUUAUAAUGCAGUCAUAGAACUAUUUGUCACCUUAAAGGACUUCCUUGUCCGCCUCGCCAUCUACGACGGUAGUCGCAUGUCUGAUGCACUUCAAGCAAAGGUUGUUGAUAUCCUAGCUACCCUACUUGAAAUCUUUGGUCAAGCGACUAAGCUAGUCCGGGCUGGGUUGAGAGGCCGAAUCAUCCAAUUUACCAAAAAUGCCCUGCUCGGCUCUGAUAAGACCUUGCAGGGGUUGGUCGCCAAGUUGGACAGGCUCUGUCAAACAGAACAUCAACUAGUUGGAGCAGAGACCCUGAGUGAGACUAAGAAGGCCAACGUGGCUGUUGAGAAUCUGUCUGCUGUGCUUAAUGGAGCUAGUCUUGUACUAGAAGAUAACCAUGGUAGGUUAGCUCAGGCUCAGGCGGAUCUCCAACGUCUCGUGGAAGGUCAGAAUGAUCUUCGCCAGGAGGUGCAUCGGGACAUUAGUAGCCUGUUAGGUUCAUUCAUAGGGUCAGGUGCGAAGGCCAAUGGUGAUUCUGAUUACCUGAGGACACUCCUACAGCCGUCACUGGCUCCUUCAGACAUGUAUUACACCUUCGCAAGAAAACGGCUGUCUGGUACUGGAGAAUGGAUUGAGGCAGAGGUGGGAUUUCGGUCAUGGCUGAAUCAGGAGCAACCCCUACUCUGGAUUAAUGGACCACCCGGUUCUGGCAAGAGCUUUCUCGCAGAAUACAUUAUUUCGAACCUGAAGACAAGAUUUCCCCAAGGCGUCGACCAAGGUUCAGAAAUCUCUGUUGGCUACUACUUUUUCAAGGACAACAACCCACAAACGAGAGGAUUGCACCAGGCGUUACGAGAUGUGGCAUAUCAAAUCUGCCUCAAUGAUUCCGUAUAUGCUGGGCACGUUGCGGCUCGUUGCAGGGCACCUGGUGAUAUAAGCAGUCUUCAGAGCGCAUGGACGACCCUGUUCCGGGACUACUUCAUUGAAGGCGAUGCAGGUAACCGGCGUGCCUAUAUUGUUCUAGACGGUCUGGACGAAUGUAUGGAGGCUGAUCGGCAGAGUCUCCUGGAGUUUAUGCGUGAGCUCACAGCUGAUGAAUCUGAGAGCAAAUCCAGGGUACAAUUUGUUAUGCUGGGACGACCUCACCUUUCGGCCGAUGUAGCCGAUGCGUUUCAUGAGUCUGUAUCAUCAAUUUCCAUAGAUCGAUCCAAGAAUGAUGAUGAUAUCGCUCGCUAUGUAGAGCAUUCUGUGAGGAGGUCCAGGAACAUCGCUCGUGCGCCUUCAAGCCUGCGGAAAGAAGUUAUGGAAUUCCUUGUGAAGCACGCACAGGGAAUGUUUCUUUGGGUUGAUCUAAUGACACAAGAAUUGGGACGACAUAAUCGCGCGAGCAGUAUUAGAGAGUGCUUGCAACGACCGCCAAAAGGUCUAUAUGAGGCCAUGAGACGUACACUGGAAGGCCUCAGCGCUUAUUUGAAGGGCGAUGACCCCGAAGAAUUGAAUACCAUAUUGGGAUGGGUUGCGUGUGCUUCGCGUCCUCUUUCUCUUCGAGAGAUCGAAGCCACGCUGACCCUAGGUUCCUCUGACCAAGACGAUAUUCUUGACAUCGAAAGCCUGCUCAGGUUGCAAUUUGCAUCCUUCUUGGCGCUCGUGAGAGAUGAUGGCCUGACAACAUCCGACUUGCAGGCGGAAGUAGAUUUAUCCCCUCUUCAGAUCGACGAUGAUCUUGAUGAAGAUGCGGAGGACUUCAAGCUUGAAAAUGAUUUCAGUUCCAACCCGGAAACCACAGAAGUCAUGUUCUGCCAUGCCUCCAUUGGUGAUUUCUUUCGUGAUGAAAACGAGAACAAGCGCUCUGCAGGCCCCGAAUUCGUGGCAAUUGGGGUUGAUAUUGUUGAGUCGAGAAUCUCGACGCUGAAGGCGUGUCUACAGUUGGUUUGUAACUCAACCGAAUGUCCGCACCUCCGGAAUUAUGCACUUGUCUGGUGGCAUAGUCAUGUUAAGGCUGUCAUUCCUCACAUACAUCGAAUCGGAGGGUCUGAUCUGCAGGAAAUCAGAAGCCUCUUGCUAAAAACACUUCGUGACGAAUCAGUAUUGGAGGCUUGGAUUAGCUUACGGGAUGCAGAUGACUUCUGGUCCUUGGAUACCUUGGACCCAAUCGCUAAGCUUCUAGAUGAUAAGCUGUUUGUGGACUCUUUGCCGUUGGACAUGCGCGAUUGGGUGCUGAGCAGUAUCCAGGAGCCCGCGAGGCUGCUCGUUCCAGCUGCGGAGUGCAUUGCGAACAAAUGGCUCCAAGGCUACCGAUGGGACGCACGUACAUGCAUGUUGAUCAUACAUCGGAUCAGAUGCCUGCUUGAAGGCAAGCUAGAUGAAGAAUUCCCUGAUGCCCCUGCUGCUUCCAUUGUGCUUGAUUCGGCAGAAUGGGCCAAACUUCCAAAGACAGCAGAAUGGAACCGGCGAGUUGCCGUUUGCCUGAGGGACACGGCACACUAUGAGGAAGCCCAGGCUUACUUUGAAGCGGCAUUAGAACUGGACGAUCAGAUGUGGCUCGCUAGGAGCGGUCUAGCAUAUCUGUACAGCCUCAGUGGGCAACAUGAGAAGUCUCUCGAGCUCUACAAAGAGAAUAUUGAAAUUUUGGAGACGACUUUCGGAAACCCCGAGAAGCGUGAUAAGCUCCCUCAUGAUGUUGAGGGAGAUGAUGUUGCAGACACCUACCAGUCUAUAGGCGAAGAACUUCUGUCACUCGGAGAUAGAGCGAGUGCUUUAGUUUAUUUGGAAAAGGCUCUUCAUGUUACCACAGAGGGCAAGUUCCUCUCUAAAUACAUUCAACUCCUUGCAGAGGAGAAUACCCCUGAGGCAAACGAGAAGAUCAUACAGCACCUGAAAGGGUUAGACACUGCAUCCGGCGACAAUGGCGCCACCCGCUUGACAGAGUGUCUCUCGGAGAAUUCAAGAUUGGUCUGGAGCAGUGACUUCUACCAGGCUAUCGCGUUUGCUGCCAAAUCAACAGAUCAGCUCGAAUGGCUAGAAUAUGCCUACGGGACAGCAAUCGAGGUAGCGAAGAAACAGCGCAACUCAGUCUUGGCCUUUGCUCUGCAGGUGUCUUUGGCAGACCUCUUCAUCAGCUAUGACAACAAGGAAUCCCGCGCUCUCGAGAUCUGGCAGAUGGUAAUGGACUUUCCUGCAACUUUCAUGCAGGGGAACCUGCUGAUGCUAUACAUACAAUCGCUAGUAAGCAGGUACUACGGUGCCUAUCUGAUUACCAAGGCCACUCAAGCCGGGCCAGGCACCGCAGAUGCGGAACGCUACAUUCACACACUACAACGGAUCGCUAAACGGAGAGUGGUCCACUCGGACCAUGUCUCCGAAUGGGCUGCGAACAACUUUGCCACAGCUAUUCUCGGUUUGUGGUAUCACCGAAUCGGUCAACCGGAGAAGGCCCGGGAAUACUGUCUCCCGUUCGUCAAGCAGUUUGUCUUUGCCGAUGACGACGCGAUAAGUACAUAUACAACCAGCUACGCGUUCGCAAAGCUACUACUCAUGAUGGGUGACGAGUCCACCGCGGUAGCUAUCCUUAUCAGCGUCAGCUCCCCAGAGGAGGUAGCUUGGAUUUGCGAAGCCCGAUGUGGAGUGUCGUCUUCAACUUGGGAGAAGAGCAAUAUUUGCCGCGAAUGCGCGGUCGAUCUGUGUGAUGACUGUGUGCGGCUGGUGAAGGAGAGGAAGCCGACGAGGGUAAAUAUCUGUAGUCCGGAUCACUCGUGGGCUAGGAUUCCGGAGGCGUCUGCUCCUUUAGGACCUGAUGAUGUGCGUGUGGAUGAGGUGGUCUCGAUACAGGACGUGAAGGGCAAGGUUAAGAAGCAGUGGGGGCUGUGAUGAAUGUGUGUGACUGCUGCUGAUUGUAUGGCAGCUAUACAGAUAUCAAUAUUUGUUUUGCCAGUAACUGAUUGCCU